GACUUAGCGCUUACAAAGACAAGGGCCAAAUAUGUAUACUGCCUGCCUAAAGAUUCAAGAUUUACGCUUUUCUAUUACGGCCCACCAUGAAUGUUGAGAAACGCAAAAACUUUGCUGCUGGUGUUGAGACCUUUUACUUGGUUGGAUAUGCCUCGCAUCGCUAUAAUUUUCCAAGUGGCACAACGCAUUCCCUUUGGCUUUUACCAUGAUACCCUUAGCUACAAAACUACGCUUUUUCACCCAAAUAGUGCUCUGAUGCGCUAAUGUCAGGAAAGUUUCGAGCUUCACUACGGUACCAAGAUAGUCAAAGACAUUCAUCUCUUCCAUCAUCCAGGAAUCAAUUGAAGUUUAUAUCUGCUACUUGCCCACAUGAGACUGCUUUUGCCUUUCGUUGGAGAGUCUUCCCCCGGUUAUGUUUCUCUAGAGUAACUCACUAUUCAUCAACCAACAUGUGCAAGAGGAUAGGUUUGUCAAUCAAGGCCAGCAUGGAUACCAGUGGACUGAAUUCUCCUAGUGCGAAUGGUAACGGUGGAAGGACUCGGCUAGCUAGAGCUAUUCAAACUCUUCAAGUCAAGUUGAACGCGAGACUCCAGAAGCUCAGGAGUGGUUUUUUCAUGAAGGCGCUGUUUUUCUUAGUUGGGUUUUAUUGUGCUACCGCCUUUUCCACUGUCAUAGGACAAACUGGUGAUUGGGAUAUAUUGUCAGCUGGGUUGGCUGUGAUUGUGGUUGAGGGAAUUGGUGCUCUUAUGUACAAAGCUUCUUUUCCUUUGCUCAAUAACAUUAAGAGCCUCAUUACUUUGUUUAACUAUUGGAAGGCCGGGCUUUCCUUGGGUCUUUUCUUGGACGCUUUUAAGUACUGAAUAUACUAUAUUCCUCGGUUUACCAUCACUUCAAA